AGACCGAAGCCAUUUUAUUAUUUUAAYAGCAAAGGUGCAGGUGCACCGAAAAUUGUCACCCAAACUAACAAUAAUUAAAUAGUUCCUGUUUGAAGCGCUCGCGUUACAAUGGGACAGUGCGGGAUUACGUCGUCCAAAACCGUCCUGGUUUUCCUCAAUCUCAUAUUUUGGGCUGCUGCUGGAAUCCUGUGCUACAUCGGAGCUUAUGUGUUCAUCACCUAUGACGACUAUGACCACUUCUUUGAGGAUGUGUACACUCUGAUUCCAGCCGUGGUGAUCAUAGCUGUAGGGACUCUGCUGUUCAUCAUCGGUGUGAUUGGCUGCUGCGCAACAAUACGUGAGAGCUCCUGUGGCUUGGCAACAUUCGCGGCGAUCCUCCUGCURGUGUUUGUGACGGAGUGUGUGGUGGUUGUUCUCGGCUACAUUUACAGGGCGAAGGUAGAAGAUGAGGUGAAUCACUCCAUCCAGAAGGUUUACAACGAGUACAGCGGCCCCAACACGGAUGCUCCCAGUCGGGCUAUUGACUAUGUGCAGAGGCAGCUUCACUGCUGUGGUAUCCACAACUACUCUGACUGGAGAAACACACGCUGGUUUAAGGAGUCUAAGAACAACAGCGUCCCAGUGAGCUGUUGCCAGCCCAACAUCAACAACUGCACCGGCACUCUGACCCGACCAGCGGAUCUCUACCAAGAGGGCUGUGAAGCACUUGUGGUAAAGAAACUGAAGGAGAUCAUGAUGUAUGUCAUAUGGGCAGCAUUAACUUUUGCAUCAAUACAGGUAAGAGGCACAAUGCUGAAAGGGCAGAAACRUCUAAGAAUGACUCUAAAAUGUCUGUUUAAAUGUUAGUCUUUGUGAUGUACA